AUGUGUAUUUGGCCCUAUUACCUGAUCGAAAAAAAAUCGACAUAUCAACAAUUAUUUCAAGAAUUAAAUGCUGUUGCUGUAUCUAUGGGUCGAACAUGGAAGCCUGAACAGAUUAUGUCUGAUUUUGAAACCAGCUUGAUUCCAGCAGUAUCUGCCGAAUAUCCAGAAAGUGCUCACAAAGGAUGCCAUUUUCAUUUUAAUCAGUGCAUAUAUCGACGUAUCCAGUUACUUGGUUUAGCCACAGCUUAUUCACAAGUUGAAUUAGUUCGAAGUUGCUGCCGUAAACUGAUGGCAUUACCACUUUUACCAAUUCAAGAGGUUGAAACUUCUUUUUAUAAUUUACGUGCAACAGCACAUCCAACAGUGAAGAAACAACUUCGCGAUUUAUUUUUAUAUUUUGAUGAUUAUUGA